AUGGUUCUAAGCACUUUUGCAGCAUUACUGCUGACUUUUGCUUUGGAAAAGUACUGUGCUGAAAGUAUACCAACAAUCUAUGAAGCGAACAUCGUGGCCAUAUUUGUUUCCGAAUCAGAGCUACAACUCAGCGGGGAGUCAUUACAAGCUGCUGUCGUCUUAGGGGUUGAGGAUGCAAACAAGCGAUAUCCGCAUAUAAGAUUCAACCUGAAAUUGAAAAAUGAUUCAAAGACCUGCUUCCACAACUAUGCUGGAGUUCUGGCCGCUGAAGAAUACUAUAAAAGCCAGGUAACGGCAUUCGUGGGACCUGCCUGUAGCAAAGCACUGGAACCUGUCAGUCGAAUGGCUUCAUACUGGAAUGUACCAGUUUAUACAGCUGGUGGUAUCGAUAUGUUGUUUUCUCUGAAAAAUAUAUUCAGUACUCUAACGAGAGUUUCAUUCUCAAUAGAUCAAGUUACAAAAUUCAUAUUACAUAUUCUGAUGGAAUUUCAGUGGCGGCACAUAGCAAUCUUUGUGGAUGAAUCGGAAGCUUCAGAAACCAUUCUUCGUCGUAGUCUUAGUGAGAUCAUAAAACAAGCAGAUUACGAAAUGUUUCCAAUUUAUAAAGAAUUCAACUCUUCACAGAAACCGAACUAUAAGCAAAUGCUUCAAGACGCAAAUAAAACAGCAAGAGUAUUCAUAAUACUCGCUUGCGGAGGAACUGUCCGCUCCAUCUUGUUGGCAGGUUAUGACCUGGGAAUGGAAAACGGCGAGUACGCCUUUCUGUCAAUCGAGCUCCUCAAAAAUCAACUUUACAGCAAACAGUUCAACUGGUACAAGCCUAAUGACAAAAGAAACAAGGAGGCCAGAAAGAUGUACGAAUCUUUGUUGAUAAUUAGUAUUCGUGUUCCAGUACGGGAAGAAUACCAACUCUUCAUUAAAGACAUGAAAGAGAUAGCAAAGAAAAAAUUUUCGGCGAUUCUCGAAUCUUCAUCUAUAAACCCUAUUGUGGGAUCAUUCUAUGAUUGUGUGCUUCUGUAUGCCUACUCUCUGAACAAGACCCUCUCCGAGGGUGAAAAUCCAAAGAACGGCCGAGCAUUGGCCAGGCAAAUCUGGAAUUCCACGUUCACUGGUGGGCUUACAGGUGAUAUAAGCAUCAAUGAAAACGGAGACAGAGAAGCAGAUUACACACUGAAUGACAUGGACCCUGAAACAGGCGUCAUGAUACCUAUAGCAACGUUUUUCGGCAGUAGGCAGAUCUAUGAAAAGCUGGAUGAUCGGGAGAUUCACUGGCCAGGGAAUGUAGGUCCACCUUUGGACAUGCCUGUCUGCGGCUUCACAGGAGAUUCGCCAGAUUGCAUGCCUUUAGCAAUGAUGUCGGCUCUUAAUAUCAUAUUGCCAGUUUUGGUAGCAGUAUCUGUUGUUGGAUCCAUGGUUGGAAUGUUUGCUUACAGGAGAAUCAUGCAAGAGGCCAAACUGGCUGAUUAUUGGUGGAAAAUUGAAUGGUCAGAAUUAGAUUUCUUUGAUGCAAGCCACAUGGGCUCCUCACUCAGCUUCACCAAAAGUCAUAACAGAUCGACACCUACUAAUAUCUCUGGCAGAGGAAGUACAGCUCCUUUCGUUGCUAACGGUCUUUUCGCACUCUACAAGGGACAAAAGGUUUUUGUCAAGACUUUGGAGAUGACGAAAAUACAGAUUACCAGAGCUGUUUUAAUGGAACUAAAAGUGGUUCAUGAAAUCAACCAUGAUAAUCUUUUACGUUAUGUAGGAUUGUGUAUCGCCGAGCCGAAUUAUGCGAUAAUAACGGACUUCGCAACUAGAGGGACACUCUCGGACAUGCUGGCUAACCAUGCAAUAAAAAUUGACUGGAUGUUCACCUGCUCAAUUAUAACAGAUAUAACUGAGGGUAUGGUAUUUCUGCAUGGAAGUAAAAUCGAGUACCACGGUCAUCUGAAGUCUGAGAAUUGUGUGAUUGAUGGCCGUUUUGUCGUCAAGUUAAGCAAUUAUAGUCUCAGGGAAUUGAAAAAACAAAUACCCCGUCCUGAACAAGAAGAUCCCUGGUCACUGCUGUGGACAGCGCCUGAACAUCUGAGACGUAGAGAGCCUAGUCUCCAUGGAUCUAAAAAGGGAGAUGUGUAUUCGUAUGCCAUUAUUUUACAGGAAGUGAUCACAAGAAGCCUACCAUUUGAACCAAAAGACAGAUGCGGCAGGUCUGUUCGUUUUCUAAGUGCAGAAGAUAUCAUAGAUCGAAUCAGAAUGGGAACUACACCCCCUUACCGUCCAGAGUUAGCCCAUGACGAAUGCCCACCAGAUAUGUUAGAUCUCAUUAAGAAAUGUUGGGAAGAAAAUCCAGAUGACCGACCCAGUUUUCCAGAAAUCAAGCAGAAGAUGAAAAAGAUAACAAAAGGCAUGUCAAGCAAAAAUUUCUUGGACAAUCUGCUAAACAGAAUGGAGCAAUAUGCAAAUGAUUUGGAGAGUUUAGUUGAAGAAAAGACGCAGUCUUUGUACGAUGAAAAGAAGAAAACGGACGAAUUACUAUAUCAGAUGAUUCCAAAGUUUGUAGCAGAGGAACUGAAGAAAGGCUGUCACGUAAAACCUGAAUAUUACGAAUCCGUCACCAUCUUCUUUAGUGACAUCGUCGGAUUCACAGCACUAUCCGCUGAAAGCACACCUUUACAAGUUGUUGACUUUUUGAAUGAUCUGUACUCAUGUUUCGAUGCCAUCAUUGAGAACUUUGAUGUGUAUAAGGUUGAAACCAUUGGAGACGCCUAUAUGGUAGCAUCAGGUCUACCUGUGAGAAACGGCAAUGAGCACGCUCGAGAAAUCGCCCGCUUGGCUUUGAAAUUAUUAUCAGCAAUUACAGAUUUCAAAAUCCGUCAUAAGCCUAACAGGAAACUAAAGAUUAGGAUUGGAUUGCAUUCAGGUCCUUGUGUGGCUGGAGUCGUUGGUCUCAAAAUGCCUAGAUACUGUCUAUUCGGAGACACGGUCAAUACUGCUUCGAGAAUGGAAUCAACAAGUGAAGCAAUGAAAAUCCACGCCAGUCACCAAACAAAAAUGAUUUUGGACUCCUUUGGAACAUUUAUCAUAGUACCAAGAGGUGAAAUUGAAGUGAAGGGCAAAGGAACAAUGAAAACAUAUUGGCUGGAAAAUGAAGUUGAAAAUUAAGUAGAUAUUUGGGUGAAAUGAAAUGACGUCUCUAGGAGUAAUAACAAUGAUUUUAGCAAGCAUGCAGCUUUGAUACUUUAGGAAUUGCUUUUGGAAAAAAAAAGACAGCUUUUAUAAUAAUCAAAAAGUAUUUCUUAGCAGACUAGUUUAUGCACAAAUUUAGCCAUGCACUUAGAAAACAAAAAUUUUAAAUAUGCGAUGUAGACUAGAGAAAAAAAAAAA